AUGUCAGUGUAUAAACAUGAUGAAGGCAAAGCAGGAAGAUCCAGUCAGGUGGAGAAUGAAGAGAGUGUGAGAAACCUGUUAAGAGGAGAGGGAAACCAACAAGAUGAAUUUGCUCUCGAGUCUGCUGACCCUGCACAUAUGGGGAAUCCUUACAUGAGGAAAGCACUGCUAAGUGGUCGAAGGUCGAAACCCAAACUGGUGUCUGCUCAGGCUGUGCUCUUUUCCAGACUAGAACCAGAGUUCAUUCAGGAGGAACCAGCUGGUACUGUAGCACAUGCACUGGAAACUCCUCAGGACACAGAACUGAAGGUGAAACGAGACAGUAUACCACGCGCCGCUGAAACCAACAUCGCUAGUGAUGGAAAACCCACGGACAACGAGGGAGUGACACAAAACAUGAAAGAGAGAAACACUACCAGAUCAUUAAUUGAGACUGGUGAAGUGUCUAGAAAGAGCUUGUGGUUAGCCGGACACAGGGAGCGAUGGAGGGGGAAAAGGCGUGAGAAGCUGGGAGGGAGUGUGGAGAACAUCGCAGAGGACGUCAUGACCACUGAGAAAGAAAUGAGCCGAGUCAUCCGAAUGAGACAUCCGCGAAAACAUUAUGAAUCUACCAAGAAGCAAGAUGAAGAAUAUGAAAGGGAGGGAGGAGAAAGACAGGCAGAACAAGGGAGAGUGGAAGGAGAAGCCGACACCCGAAGAGUGGCCACACACCGUAUAUUCUCAAGGGUCCUUGCUCACUCCUUCGUCUCAUCUUCCUCCUCUUCAUCUUCAUCCUUUAACUGCUCCUCUGCAGAGAGUGAUGACGUCUUCAGUGAGGGAGAGGAGACAGUCAGGAAGAAUGACAUGAGGAGGUGUCGAUCCUGGAGAAUGUUCCUCACCAUGAUGCAGUGGUCAAAGCGAAGGCAGAGUUCCUGGGUUCAGCUGGCUGGACACAAAGGUAAUAUCCAACAGGGUGAAGGUGGGAAGGUGCUUAAGAAGUUCAAUGUGGUGGAGGACACCUGUCUGCAGGCACUCAUGUCUGAUCCCCUUCACCUGUUUGUGCCUCGUUACUAUGGGAACAUUAGCAGAAAUGGAGAGCGUUACAUACGACUCGAGGAUCUGCUUAGUGGCCUCAGGAAGCCUGCCAUCAUGGACUGCAAAAUGGGCAUCCGAACUUACCAGGAGGAGGAAAUCAUUAAAGCCAAGACCAAGGGUAGUCUGCGGUCCGAUAUGUAUCAGAAGAUGGAGAACGUGGACCCCACAGCUCCUACAGCAGAGGAACAGGCACAGAGAGGCGUGACAAAGCUGCGCUACAUGCAGUGGAGAGACAGUACAAGUAGUACCUCAACACUAGGGCUCCGCAUAGAGGGGAUAAUGAUGGAGAAUGGGACUGUAUUACGAGAGUUCAAUAAAACACGAACCAAAGCACAAGUUACUGAAACUCUGUUGUUUUUUACCAAGAGGCAGGUACACAUUCUAAAGGCCUAUGUGUCCAGAUUAGAGGCACUAAGAGAGACAUUAAAGGAAUCAUCAUUUUUCAACACCCAUGAGAUAAUAGGAAGCUCUCUCCUUUUCCUUCAUGAUCAAACAUGCAAGGCCAACAUAUGGAUGAUUGACUUUGGGAAGACCAUACCAGCACCUGAAAAUGUUUAUCUGAAGCAUGAUGUGCCAUGGGUUGAGGGGAACCGGGAAGAUGGCUACCUCACUGGACUGACAUCACUCAUCUCACUGCUGCAUGCAGCCAUUAGGGAAGCAGCAGCUCAGAGCCUAGAGAACCAUCACCCAGACCACAGAGAGACUGAUACUCUUAUGAAACCUUUGCCUGGGGAAAAUGAGUCAACACCACACUUGGUAAAGAAAACCAAAGAAAUCAACCAUCUUAGCUGA